AUGAAUCACUUGACGUAUUUCACUUUGGAAUUGGGGUUAGACGAGUACAUAACGGCUCUUUCUGCUUACGUCGAGACGCUGAGCACGCGAGAUGUUGUAACGUCGUUAACUUUCACGACGAGCAAGAAGAACUAUGGACCUUAUGGAAACAAAUCUGGUUUCCAGAUUUUUUCUCCUGGGGAGACUGGAAAACAGAUCGCCGGAUUUCAUGGUACCAGUGGCAAUGUUCUCAACUCUAUCAGCGGUUACUACGCUCCCAUACCCACCUAUAAAUUGGUUGCAGUAGGUGGCACAGGUGGGUCGGCAUGGGACGACGGAUCCGAUCAUGACGGCGUGACAAAGAUAACCGUAAGAACCGGUGGGGUAGGGGUUCAAUACGUUAAGUUCGACUAUGUGAAAGCUGGACAGCCGAAACAAGGAACCCUCCACGGUGUGCACGGUAGUAGAGGUUCAACGCGAGAGAUUGUGAUUAACCAUCCGGACGAGCAUCUGGUCUCAGUCGAGGGUUGGUAUGAUUCCUCCAAUGUCAUCUUGGGUAUCCAGUUCAAAACUAACCUGAAGACUUCUGAUUACCUAGGCUAUGAGUUCGAGGGUACUGGUACUAAAUUUACUCUCCAAGUUAAAGACAAAAAGAUCAUCGGGUUUCACGGUUGCCAGCGACCAUCUCAAUUCCAUUGGAGCUUAUUUGUUCUGUUACCCUCCACCACCACCACCCUUAAUCCUAUCGUUCCGCAGAAGAAGCUUGGAGCUGUGUGGGACGAUCGUACUCACGACAAAGUGAAAAAGGUCUUUGUAGGACUAGGCCAAGAUGGUAUAGCAUCUGUCAAGUUUGAAUACAUAAAUGGUUCUGGAGUGGUUAAUGGAGUUGAAAAUGGAACACCAACAUUGCUUGGAUUCGAGGAGUUCACUUUGGGACCGUACGAGUACGUAACGGCUCUUUCUGCUUACACCAAAACGCUGAGCACGCAAGAUAUUGUAACGUCGUUGACUUUCACUACGAACAAGAAGACUUAUGGACCUUAUGGAAAUAAAUCUGGUUUCCUGUUUCCUUUUCCCGAGGAGACCGGAAAACAGAUCGCCGGUUUUCAUGGUACGGGCGGCAAUGUCCUCAACUCCAUCCAGGUUCACUACGCUCCCAUACCCACCGUCCAAAAAUUGGAUGCACAAGGUGGCACUGGUGGAACGAAAUGGGAUGACGGAUCUGAUCACGACGGCGUGACAAAUAUAUACGUAAGAUCAAACAUGGAUGGCAUUCAAUACGUAAGCUUCGACUAUUUGAAAGCUGGACAGCCGAAACAAGGAGCCCACCACGGUGGGAGUGGUAGUAGAGGAUCAAAAGGAGAGAUUGCGAUUAACCAUCCGGACGAGCAAGUGGUUUCAGUAGAGGGUUGGUAUGAUUCCGCCAAUGUCAUCUGCGGAGUGCGAUUCAGAACUAACCAAAAGAUCUAUGAUUACAUGGGCUAUAAAUUUGACGGUACUGGUACAAAAUUUACUCUCAAAGUUCAAGACAAGAAGAUUAUCGGGUUUCACGGUUUCGCCACCAACCAGCUAAUUUCCCUUGGAGCCUAUUUUGCACCGUUAUCCUCCGCCACCGCCCCUCCUAUCGUUACCCCGAAGGAGGUUGAAGCUAAGGGUGGUGAUUUUAAUUCGUAAAAUUUGGAGUCCAUGUCCUUCCCAUCACCAACUGAUCGUAGAGAUCUUGAAUUUGUCACACUUUGGGGUCUCUCUCUUGAUGAUAUUUGAACGUUUGAAUAAGCUGAUUCUACUUUUCUUCUUUUUUUCCUGUUUGUUUCAUCUUCUCAUCAAUGGUUUAAGUUUUUUCUUUGUGUUGUUAAACUGUCUUUUGAUGGAUUUUUAUUCAUUUUAAUAAAGGAAAUUUGUUCCAGUUGUUUAUAGCUCCUUAAACCAUAUAUAGCACUCCAAAAGACACUUAAGGUUUAUUAAAGGGCAAUUGUCAAUAAUAGCACCUUUUGAGUUUUUGUCACAAAAAUGGUAUUAGAAAGAGAAAGUCACAAAAAUAACAUUCAUUAAAGGGUAAAAUAUCUCUAAUACCAUUGGUUUAAAAUUAAAUAAACAAACAAAAAUAAAUAAAAACAAAUAAAUU